GGUCUAUCACUACCUACUUCCGCAUUGGACCCGUGAGGCUUCGGAAUCCUUCACCGGAUAUAUAUUACGCAGUCUACGGACCUAAACGUCGGUUUUGCUCAGUUUGUGUCCUGAUUCUCAAUGUUCGGACUUAUUUUACGUGCUUGUGCACAGCAAUCUAUUCGGCUUCAUUUCAGAUCAUUCAAAGCCGCGGGUAUCCCUUUAACAUAUCAUCUCAGUGCACAUCGAUCCUUUCAUUCAACCGAAACCUUACUUGAGGUUAUCCAGUUCAAACUCUCAGAUAUUGGCGAGGGAAUCCGAGAAGUUGUCAUCAAGGAAUGGUAUGUGAAUGUUGGCGAUUCUGUGCAUCAGUUUGAUCCCAUUUGCGAGGUCCAAAGCGACAAGGCAACUGUGACUAUUUCUAGUCGUUACGAUGGCAUUAUUCGUGCACUUCAUUUUGUUCCGCAAGAAGUCUGUGAAGUUGGCCAACCUUUGGUGGAUAUUGACGUGGUUGAUGGUAAUUCGGAAUCGGAAACACCCACACACAGCUCACUCGCGGAUGGCAACGGAAAAGUCACGAAUGCUGUUGCAUCAUUGACGUCGGAAGCAGAAGCUGCACAUUGUUUUAAAGACGAGCCACGCAACGUUCUGGCCACACCGAGCGUCCGCCGACUGGCGAUGGAAAACAGUAUAAGGCUUUCUGAUGUACAAGGCACCGGUAAGGCUGGUCGGAUUUUGAAAGAAGAUAUUUUGAAUCACCUCAGCAAACAACGUCCCUGUGCACAUCCCCGUCCUUCAACUUCAAAAGAGGUCCCCUCACAGCCGGGUCCUCUCUCUCCUCUUCGCCUUGCGUUGGAGGGUGAGGACAAAACUGUACCAUUGAAUGCUAUUCAGAAGGCUAUGAGGACCACUAUGACUAAAUCAAAUGAGAUCCCACAUUUUAUUCUCUCGGAGGAACUCGAUUUUACCAAAUUGGUCGCCCUCCGCACUGAAGUCGGUGACGCCGUCAUGAACCGCUAUCGCAUAAAACUCACUUAUAUGCCAUUCCUCUUGAAGGCCACCUCAUUGUCUCUCCUCGAAUUUCCUAUGCUCAACGCGCACGUGGACAGUGAUUGUGAGCACAUUUCCUACAAAACAGCUCAUAACAUUGGUGUUGCCAUGGAUACUCCUGAAGGAUUAUUGGUUCCCACUAUCAAAUCAGUUGAACAUUUGUCCAUCAUCGAGAUUGCCAUUGAACUAAGUCGCCUUCAAGAUCUUGGAUCUCGCGGAAAGCUGACUUCCGACGACUUAGCCGGGGGCACUGUAACACUCUCCAAUAUCGGCAGUAUUGGUGGCACAUACACAGCUCCACGUAUAUUACCACCACAGGUCCUAAUUGCCGGAAUCGGACGAAUUCAACGUCUUCCACGAUUUGCAGACAACGACUCAGUCUGCGUCAGUCACGUUCUGAAUGUGAGCUGGGCAGCAGAUCAUCGGGUUAUUGACGGUGCUACCGUGGCCCGAUUCUGUAAGCUGUGGCAACAGUACCUAGAGGAUCCUAGUUACAUGAUUCUCCAUUUGCGGUAGAUGGCCCUGUCCCAAUAUGCAAUCGCCUUGCCAGUGAAACUCCUGAUCUGGUCACUUUCGAACCCGAGUUUUGCUGUUUUUGUUUUGUACUUCUUUCGUAUUGUUACUUUAUCCCUGGUUGUGAUUCUGUACGUGUGUCUCACCGUUCAUACACAGUGAUUCCAGUUUGUAUGGACUCUUCUCACUCAUUCUCCCUCAUUAAUUCCCGCUGGGAUUUCGAACGGACACUUCCACUUCCUUGCUUCGGCGGCAUGGGUGAUCGCACUAUUAGC